UGCGAAAUUUAGUCUCUAACAAGCCGUUCGACUGAACAAGGUCCGUCCCCCCAAAGACGAGCCACCAUGUGCUAUCAAAUUUGUGUACUGCUGAUGCUGACAGCCUGCGUGGCACUAGUAUGGUCCAAUUGUUCAAUUGGCUGGGGUGCUCGAAAACCCGUUGAUUAUAAAAUGCAUGUUCUUCACGCACGAAGCGGACCCGUGGCCGAACCGAUCAACAUGACGCUGGUGUUUGAUUACGAGACCAAUCCGGCCGAGAACGAAGAAAUGACGUUUUCUUAUUUUUUGGGAUCAUUGGCGAAUUGCGUUAUCGAGAUCGAUACUAAAUAUGACGCUAAGAGAAGAUUUCAAGUGAACAUGUCCAGCGUAGUACCAGUGACGGAGAUGUAUGGAAAUGUUACCAUCUUUGGGAUUCGUUGGAUGAAUAUAACAGCAUAAGAAUAAUAACUUAACGAAUUGCUUGGAUCAUGAAUUUGGAUUUACGUGUACUAUAGGAAUUGACGAAAUAAAUUCAUAAAAAAUGAAUAGU